AUGGUGAAAGAACAGCCUCCUUGUGGAUCGAAUUCCUGGCGUCCAAUGGGUGAUCCCCAUUGUCCUCGGUUGGCAUCUCGCGUCUUUUCAGUCUUGGAACUCCAAAGACCGAGGAAUGCUGGUGGAUUUGUCCACAGCCCGGCCUUUUGGAAGCAACGGCCGGAGGGUGCGAUGAACCAGAACACAACAUGGCAUGAAUGGUGCUGCAUUGCCUUGCCGAAGAGGAUUCGUACAAAGCGUGCCCUCUGCGAACUCUAUGAAGGGACGCCCUCGUUUUCUCUGCUCGAGCUUCCCUAUGCCGAUGCGAUCGCAUGCUGUCUAUCCGUUCCAUCUCACUACUCGUGGCAUCGACGAUGA